ACCAUACAAACCACACCACAGAUCCACCACCACACAUUCACACAAUCGGCUCCACCCCUAUUUAUUAACGCCGCCUCCACCUCUCCCAAACCGAACCCAAACCAACCCCCAACGCCACCGCCGCCGCUCGCCGGAGAAGAGAAAGAGAAGAGAGGAGAGCCCCUCUGGCGGGGUUCCCGGAAGCUUCGAGAACCUUCCCCCGAUCCUAACCAAGCCUUCCCCUUUACCCCUUUGGGCGUCGCGGAGUUGUAGGCAUCACGGCUAGCGUUGCAGCCCUCCGGCGCGGCGCCGCAGCUGCGCAGGUGGAGCCCACGGGCACCAUCGCUUCCACCACCAGCCCCGCCCCGCACGGCGGCCGCGGGGCCCUCCCCUCUGCCGGCGGCAGCCCCUCCGACCUCCUCUUCCUCGCCGGCGGCGGUCGCCUCCUCCUCUGAGUCGCUCCCCCACUAACCUCACCUAACCCCCCACCACCGUGCUGACAACCGUCGUCUGCUGACCGCCCGGAGAACCCCGAGAAACCCACCGAGAGAAACAGAGAAACCCAGCGCGCGAGAUGGAGAUGAAGCUCACGAUCAGGAGGGUGCCCACCGUGGUGUCCAACUACCAGGAGGACUCGAGCGCCGGCGGCGACAAGCCGCGCGGCGGGUGCGGGAGGAACUGCCUCGGGGACUGCUGCCUGCCUGUUUCCAAGCUUCCCCUCUAUGCUUUCAAGGCGAAUCCGGCAAAGCUGCGUUCACAGGAGGAUGCUGCUACAACUAAGUCCCUUGUCAAUCUCCUCCUUACUGAGUGGGAGGACAGGAUGGCCCGAGGCUUAUUCCGCUAUGAUGUCACUGCUUGUGAGACCAAGGUCAUCCCUGGCAACCUUGGGUUUGUUGCACAACUCAAUGAAGGGCGCCACCUCAAAAAGCGCCCUACUGAGUUCCGUGUGGACCGUGUGCUUCAGCCUUUUGACCUUGCCAAGUUCAACUUCACCAAAGUUGGCCAGGAGGAGGUGCUCUUCCAAUUUGAGAAUGGUGCUGGUGAUGACAGCUACUUCCUGAGGAGUGCUCCGAUCACUGUUGCUGACCGUGCUCCCAAUGUUGUUGCGAUCAAUGUGAGCCCAAUUGAGUACGGACACGUGCUUCUCAUUCCCCGUGUUCUGGACCGUCUUUCCCAGAAGAUUGAUCCAGAGAGCUUCUUGCUAGCGCUGCAAAUGGCGGCUGAGGCAGCAAGCCCAUACUUCAGGCUUGGUUACAAUAGUUUGGGUGCUUUUGCCACCAUCAAUCACCUCCACUUUCAGGCAUACUACUUGUCAGUGCCUUUCCCUGUUGAGAAGGCAGCUACCCACAAGAUUCCUCUUGCUGAGGACACGAUGAUGAGUGGGGUGAAUGUGUCCAAGCUGAUAAAUUACCCUGUGAGAGGGCUGGUUUUUGAGGGAGGGAAUACACUGGACGAUCUGGCAAACGUGGUUUCCAGUGCUUGCAUUUGGCUGCAGGACAACAAUGUUCCUUACAAUGUGCUCAUCUCUGACUGCGGCAGGAGGAUUUUCCUCUUCCCCCAGUGUUAUGCCGAGAAGCAGGCUCUGGGUGAAGUGAGCCAGGAGCUGCUGGACACGCAGGUGAACCCCGCCGUGUGGGAGAUCAGUGGCCACAUUGUGCUGAAGCGGAGGAACGACUACGAAGAGGCAUCUGAAACUUCAGCGUGGAAGCUCCUCGCCGAGGUCUCCCUGUCAGAGGAACGCUUCGAGGAAGUGAAGGCCUACAUCUUCAGCGCCGCUGGUCUGGUUCAGUCCGACGAGGAGAAAGUUUGCGAGGGCAAGGACGCCGCGCCUGUCCCCAUCGCCCCUCGGCCUGUCGGAGAAGGCUGCCUCGUCCUUCAGUGAGACUGUACUGCAGGUCGUCGUGGCCAUGGUCGUGGUCGCCUAUAGUUGUGGUUGCUGGUCUUAAAUAAGAUCCAUGUGAUCGAACUGCCUGGUCUGUUGUAUGCGCGUGAGCCCUGUUCUCUGCUACCUGCUCGCGUUCCUGUGUCCUUUGUUUCUCAUGUGGUGGUUACUCGGUGAUCCAGUGCUCUCUGCAGUAUUAAGCGGAGGCUAUGUGUAUUGUUUGGGUCGUGUAGAACUAAAUUAAAUGUGAUGGACGUUGUAGUUA